ACGAUGUUCACGCAACCGAUAACGACUGUGAUCGCGGUGCUCGUUGACGGCGUGCGUCGCGUCAACGGUGAAUUGUGUGCGCAGUGACUCGCGAGAUACUGCGUGUGGAUGCGUGCGUGCGUGCGUGCGUGCCGUUCAGCAUCGUCGGGACGUCACCCGCGUGCUCGCGUACUCGCAUCACGUCGCGCUGGACGACCGGCUCGUCGUCGCUCGCGCGAUCAUCCUUCUUGGUACCUAAGCCCCAGGCGUUCAACGUGGCCGAUCCUUGGACAUGGUGAGGGGGCAUGUUGGUGUGUCGGCGGUUGCUGCUGAUCGCAGCCGCGAUCGCGGCCUCGAUCGAGGCUAGCUCGGCCAGUUACUCCGGUAUCUCGUCGGACUACUCCGGAUACCCGAGCUACGCGGUUUACUCGGGGGCUACGUCACCCGAGUCCUCGUCGUCGUCGAGCUCGACGACCGGCCCGACAUCGGACGUCGCCAACGGCGAGUCGUUCUGCCGACCGUCCGAGUUCCAAUGCGGCGACGGACAUUGCGUCGCGCAGGACAAGUUCUGCGACGGCGAGAAUGACUGCGAUGACAAGGCCGACGAGCCGAGAUAUUGCACUCCCUGCAAUCGGACGUUGUAUGGUGACGUCGGCCGGACUUACAGAGUGGAGAUACGCCGGCCAAGGGAGGAUCGACUGCCAUUCUUGUGUCACCUCAACUUCACUGCCGCCGGCUCCGAUCUCGGGGAUCUAGUCCAGUUAACUUUUGAUACCUUCACGGUCGGCCGCUUUCUAUCCUUUACGUCGGAAGGAUGUCCAGAUGGUUUCAUGACUAUUCGCGAGGAAGGUCGUCCCGCGACAGGAGGACAAUGGUGCGGCAGCGCGUGGGGCUACACCGUUUAUUACAGCGAAACUCCUUCCAUCAAUCUGACUUUAUAUUUGCUACGUUUAUCGGACCAGGGUAUCGGCUACAACUUCGAUUUCAAGCUGUCGUACAAGUUCCUGCGAAGAAGCGAGGCGCAUCUCAGAUACGGGAACAGCAGUAUGUCCACAUGGCGCGGCGAGCUGGUAAACGGCACGUAUUGCGAUCGCGUCCUCACCAAGUGCGACACUAGGGCUUGCCGGCUGCAGUCGCCGAAUUAUCCCGGAGUUUACCCCAGGAAUGUCACUUGCUACUAUCGGGUGGAGCAAAACCGCGCGCCGGUGGGUCACCGAGCUCUGCUUGCCGUUAGUCAACGGAACAGUCACAAGAUACACAUUAAGGACCAGGUCGUGAAGUACGACAGAAGUCAACGGGUGUUGAGGGUGUGGGAUCAGUGCAACGUCGUGCAAGAUUACUUGACGGUGUAUGACGGGGGUUCAACCUCAGACCGUGUGCUCGUAAGACUGUGCGGAGGAGAUGCGGUGCCAGACAUCGUCAGUAGUCACAAUACGAUGUUGUUAGAAUUUCACACGUCCCCGUACGACAAUCCGUUUCACCCGGUCCCGUUGUCUUUCCUGCCAGGAUUUGAGCUCGAAGUUCAGGUGAUCUUUGUCGACGAGAAAUCACGGAGCUUCGUGAAGGAGAACGAUAACUGCGACUUUUAUAUAUCCGGCGAUGAAAACUCGUCGGGCAUCCUGGAAAACCCGAAGCACUCUUUGCCGCCGAACACGACCUGCCGCUACCACUUUCAGGGCAAGCUCAACGAAAUCGUCUGGCUGUCAUUCGUCAAGUACUACGCCGCUAGCGUGGAGGCUGCCGCGAACAUCGACACUGCCGCCGAUUGCAAUGCGAAGCUCUUGAUAUGGGAUGGCGAUAUCACGGUGAACAAGCUCGCCGCCGUCCGAAAGAACGUCACGCUGAUGGGACAGUUCUGCAAGGACGAUAUACCGCGGCUUUGCGACCACAGUCUGCUGCGCAACAGCAGCCGGCACACGCGGCCGUGCAGUCUCGCGGAGAGCUACGUGUCGACCGGCAGGGACCUCACCCUGGAACACAUAUUGCGUCAGGGUAGCGCGCUCUAUCCGAUCAGCUUCGUGCUGCGUUACGAGUUCGUGCACGAGGCGAUUUCGUGUAACCACGUGUUCGCCUCGUCGUCGGCGUCGUCCUCCUCCUCUUCGUCGUCCUUCAACGCCGGCAAAUUCGCGUCGCCCAAGAGCGUGUUCUUCUAUGGCCGUGGCGGCGCGCAGAAUCUCAGCUGCGUGUACAGAUUCGAAGCCGAUCCUGAUCAUAGGAUAGAGCUGUCUUUCGCCAAGGCGUCGUUCGGCGGCAAGAGCUGCGCGUCCUACGUGGACCCGCUGGUGAACCGAUGGACGUGCGACCGGCGCAUGGCGGACGUUCGGAAAUCCGGCUUGGCGGACCUCGUCGUUGCCGAGUACCCUUGGCAAGGGGUCGAACUCGCUCGCGACUGCCUGUGUUCGAACGUGAGCGAGAGGAUCGUCGUGCGGACGCUGACGUCGAACGUCGUGGAGGUGAGAUUCACCGUGACGCUGAUGAACGUCACCCAGGACUACCGGGACUUCUUCUUCGAGGGGGAGUACCGUUUCGCGCCGGUGAGCGCGGAGUCCAACGAGCACGGGUGCUCCACGCGGCUCGAAGAGCGACGGUUGCGCGGCACCAGCGGCGAGAUCUCCCUCAGGAGUCCGUUGCCACGCGUGAUACCCGGAGUGGCGGCGGUCGAGGAGAUCCUGACGAACACGGAAGAUCUCACGGCGACGCAGUGCGUGAACGAGCCAUGGCUGAUCGAGCCUGAGGACGCGCGCAUUAAUUUCCUUUACUUGAGAACCGCCGGCUACAGCAUCACCCUGGACAACGUCGAGGACUGCACGACGCUGAACCGUAUCGUCGUGUACUCGGCCGCUAACACGAAGGAACGCAGCGUGAUCUGUCCGGAGGGCGGCGUCGACACCGCCAAGACCGUCGACUUUUUUUCCGGCGGCUGGAAUUACAGUGCCGUGAACGCGAGCGUGGCGAUGGCCCAGCACUCCCGUAGCUUCGUCGUGGAGUUCCUUCAGCGGGAGCCCGGCUUUUACGCCGUCACGUGGAUCGCGAUCUCCAAGCGUUCGCCGGCCGCGCCUAACUUGGGCGCCAAUGCUUUCACCAUAUUACCCGCGGAAGACUGCCCGUACAGGUGUCCGGAGAUCCAGGCGUGCAUCAGCUCGGUCCUUUGGUGCGACGGUGUGCGGCACUGCCCUUCGGGCUUCGACGAGGAGGAGGCCAACUGCUCGUACCGUUUCGGCGUGACGUUGCUGUACGUCGCGGUAGGCGCCGGUGCUCUCGGUAUAUUCCUGAUCCUCCUGCUGGCCACCGGCUGCCUCAAGUACUGCCUCUACCGGCACAAGGCGCGCAAGAAGAAGAAGAACGUCGCAUUGAACGUCAAUCAUCUCCAUGUGAAUCACACCCACCACAAUAACGGCUUGACCGGUAGCCGGCUGAGCGGACGGUACAACCUAGCCACGCCCCAGGAGAUGUACCUGGAGAAUUACGGGAAGGACAGUAUUUGUUGACAAUACGCCAUUGCCAAUAUCGAGACCACCGUGUGAAUAGUCAUGAUUUUUAAUGCCUACCUCGCUCUGGCUCUCCCUCCCACCCUCUCCAUCUACUCCCGUGAACGGACCGGAGUGUACGGCAGCCAGACACUCCCAUCCUGAAAGGCACACAUUGACACGCGCUACAUACUCCCGCAGUAAUCGUACGAAAUCCCCGUAGAAUAUAUCCGAAGCACAUAGAAGCGAGCGCGCGAGAAAGACGGUCGGUCCCCCGCGGAAGAAGGGAGGCACUGCUGCACCUCUCGACUUGGCGGUCGAACGAGCAGAGAGCCUCUUUCGAAUGAAGGGCGCGAACGUGCGAACACAUCCCAUGCGCUCGUGGUAUAUGUACAUUUACGAUAAACACCGCAGUAUCAUGGUAGGUUUUAGAUACACACGAUUUAGGGGGAUAAAAAGGAGUGCGCGCGAGCGGACGCGCAGACAACGGCGAAGAAUUGGCGUUUCGCGCCUAUACAAUGCUUCUAAAGACGUAGGGUACGCCGUUUCCGUUCGCUUCCUUCGUGUCCUGUCGGGGUUAUCGUGAACGCGCGUCCAACGACGAGGAUAACGAGACGGAAAGGACGACGGAAAUGUGCGCGUACAUAAGAGUGGAGAAGCGUCCCGGAUAGUUUACGCGCGAACGACGAAAGGGAUGCGCGGAAGAUGAAGUUCGAGAUAUUAAUGGAGAAGGUUUGGAACCGGUUUGAUUGUCUGUCUGAAUAAGCAAGAAACAUUUUGACAUCAUAUUUUUAUAAAUAUUUUUAAACUGUUGCUUGAUAAUAUUAUGUUCCGAAAUAUUAAAAUCAUAGUGCAUUAUUUGUCAUCACUGAGGAGAAUUAAAUUUAAAGCGGACCAUCGAUGUCGGUUCUCGGUUCUCUAGGACUAUAGAGCGUGGUGGACGCUACGAGUUGGCGCGUGAGUCUCUCGAAUUCGCGGCGUCGAACGAUCGCGCGAUCCCUGCCGUUGCGCGUAAUCUAUCCCGUGACGAUCGUCACGACCAAACUCUACACAUUAUGCCUGACUAUCUUGAUCCUUUCACGCGUUAGAUCGGUGGCCUACGACCAGACUAGCCGUUAUACACAUCGUAAAAUUGCUAUCCUUUUAAUUGUCCUAAUUGUUUUUUAAUUGUCUGCGACUUCUCUCUAACUGUCACAUCGUCUGGGCACAUUAGUAAAACUAUUUUCUUCACGCGUUAGUCCGGAUCCACGAUAAGCAAGCUUUUUGCUUGAAAUAACGUAAUAUCAAUACAACGUAAUUUCUGGCGUUUCUCGCGCUGCCAAAGGUCGCAGUAACAUUGAAAUUUUAGGAAUUGCGACGUCUGUUGGCGCUUAAAGCGCUUUCUAUUAGAAAUUACCUUACAAUCUGGUGCUUCCCGGAAAAAAAUUAUUAUAUAUAUGAUUACAUAUAAUUAUACAAAAUCAUAUAUGAAUUUUUCCCAUAUAUACGUGGUUACGUAUAUGAUCAUAUCAUGUCUAUACGAAAGAAAAUGAUGUUACGUCAUUUAAUUAAAUGUCGAUAUUAUAUGCUGUCAGAAGCACAAGUCGCCAGAAGCAUUUACUUGGAUCGUAUUUGCAUAUAAUUUGUAAACAACAGUAUUUUUUCGUCGUGGACAUAUAUGGUCAUAUAUGGACAAAUUUCAUGUGUGAUCAUUUUUUUUCCGAGAAAGCUAAGGGAUCGUCACAGCUAUUGUAGAUCCGGAUUUACGUUCGUCCACCGUCUCUGCAAUGCGACGAUCAAAUCCGCCGCUUUAUCCGACGAUCGCGUUUGGUUUCUUUAGAUUUUUUUCUCGCGUUAUCCGUAACCAAUGUAAGAUCGUGCCGGCUGCCUAAGGUUUCACAGGUGAUUUACGAAGGACGGUACGAUACGUACGUAGAUAACACUCGUAUAGUGAUAGAUGCGGUAUUGAAAUGCGCGUGGCUCGAAUGAGACUUAAGUAUCCAUGUGUGUGACUAACUAAUUGGAUGCCGAAGGAGCGUAUACAUCGUAAUCCAGUUACGAAUGUGUGUUUGAGCAAACGCUACACACACACACACACACACACACACACACACACACACACACACACACCUGCACACAUACAUGCGCGCACAACGCACACGGCAUUUCUCUGCGCGUUAGCCUAUUAUAGACACUCGUACACUGUGUAUGGCAAAGCGCGUAUUUAACGUACGUCUGUAUGCUGUGAUAGAGGUAAGCGUAUCAACAAUCGGAAAUAAAUCUUUCGCGUGAGAACUCACGUUUAAAUAUGCACAUUCUCAUCGAGUCAUCGUUACGGCCGAGGAUCGCCGUCGAUAUCUUAACGCGAUCACUUUUAGGUCACACUCAAUGUUCACAGAAAAGUACGCGGCAUGUGGUCCAAAAUUCGAGAUCUGAACAUCUAUCUUGAGAAAAAGAGGGACAGAAAGUGAAAGAAAGAAAUCCGGGAAGCGAAAUUGAAGGAAGCGAAUUCAUAUUGAGCCAGCGGACGGAAUAACGUUGCUAAUCUCGACAAAAACGUGAAAGUUCGUCGUAUAUUGGAUUUUAUGUAAAUUGCGAAUUAAAGAGGGAGAAAGCGUGGAAUUUUCCACGGAAAUGUAGACCUAGCGAGAAAUGAUUUCACACUUCCUCAGUUGAAAUUUCGACUAACAGAAAUAUUGUUCUACUUUGAUGAUAUAGAUGAUUAUUUCGUUCCAUUUUCUCCACGUUGAAUCGUCCUUAAAAAGGGGCUUCAGAGUUGUCAAACAUUCGGCUGUUUUAACAAUGCACACGCAUGGGAAAAAGUAAGUUAAAACAAAUUUUAUAUUUUCGUAAUCUCUUUAUUAUUUAUUUAUUUUUUUUCAUUGGCGUUCGUUCAUUGGUCCUUAAAGUUAGGCAGAAUUCGCAAAUGCAGAGACAAACUUUCGACUGAGAGGUCUCCUCGAUCCCUCUCGUUUAUUUCCGGGGAAAAUAAUCCGCCCGCAGCGUUAUUUCGAUCGAUGGCUCACGUAUUUGCGCGAUUUUAUACGAAGACAACAAUCAACGUUAGGACUCCACCCACGAUUGUCGGUGUCUUUUUUUAGCACUAAUUGAUACCUUCCGGUAUAGUUUACACUUUUCUAAACUUAUACACAAUCCAUGCGAGGGCAAGAAAUAUUUUUCCCACAGACACGCGUGGAUCUCGCAUUAAGAUCUCCUUCGCCGACUUCACGAAUUGCUUCGUGAACGAAUUCGCUGCCCGAAAAACGGUCUAUCCACGCGAAUACUGCCGCAGCUAUUGUUUAUUUAUCGAAUUUUGUAAGUCUCUUUCUAUCUAUAUCCGGAUCGUGAAACCCGAGAGAGAGAGAGAGAGAGAGAGAGAGAGAGAGAGAGAGAGAGAGAGAGUAUAUGUAUUACAACACGUUCUAUACGCUGUGAGACGCAAGGAAUCCAAAAUGCGAAUGUAACACAUAUAUUAGCGAAUAACGUAUAGUCGUACAUCAGAGACGAGAGGUGCGCGCACGCCGAGCUCGAUGUGUUAACCGCGCGACUGCAAUAUUAAAAGGACACGUUAAAAAUUUAAACUCUAACAUAUCGAAAGUUCGAAAUUAAUUUAAGCGCGCCUCCACAUCUACUACUUAUCUAUCAGCGAGAAACCGAAGCAGCGAUCAUUUUCACUAACGACGAGACAGGCUGUUUUCAAAAAAAAAAAAAAAAAGAAAUUCUUCCGAGAAUCCUUUUUUUAUACAAAGUCACUUCGUCGAUGAGAAAUGAGGACGAUGAGACGAGGAGAGAAAAAAGACGAAAAUGCAAAAGAGAGAGAAAAAACCGUUUGUCGCGGAAUUUUUUAUAUAUCCUCGAAAGUCGAUACGGUUCUCCCGGCUCACGAUAUAAAUCUGUCUAUAAAUAAAUAAACGGACGAGAGAGAGUCUGUCCUCUCCUCCCCCUCGGUGACGGAACCGGCGUAAUAAACAUUGCGGAACGCGUUUAUUAUUUCUAUUCGCGGGGGACGACGAUUCAUGCUAGCGCGCGUAUCCUGCCUGGCACGCGAACACGCGGCGAUGCGACACACAGUCUUUAAAAAAAAGUACACCGUACGUACACGCGUAUACAGAGUCAUUCAUUCUGUCUUGGGAUCGCCAAGAUACGACAUUGUGUUCGUUCUCACGGCAAGGUAGAAGUUCAUCGCGUGAAGCGCGUACAAUAGUUGGAGGAGUCUCGAAUUAUUACGUAAGAGUGUGCGGGAACUUGCGCGAUCUCCCACGCGUCGCGCUCGUCCGAGAAUGUGUCCUACGAUAUCUAAAGAAAAAAAAAAGAAAAAAACCUAUAGUAAUAUGCAUGUAUGUAAGAGAACGUACACGAAAAAAAUGCCGUAGCACAAACCAGGCUCGCACACACGUAGCUAACUGAAAGAAAAGAAGGAAGAAGAAAAAAUACAGAAAAAAGUGGAUGGUAAGAGUUUUGAAUCAAAGAGGCCUUGAUUCAACGACGUUUCUAAGCAAGUAUUACGCGUUACACGAUGUAUUGUAAU